AUGACUGGAAGCAAAGGAACACAAGCCAAUCUGCCACCUGGCCCCAAAGGACUUCCGCUGGUUGGAAAUGUACUUGAUCUACCGAAACCUGGUGAGCUGGAAGCUCAUCAUUGGCUCAAGCACAAGGAUAUUUAUGGACCCAUUAGUUCAAUAACGGUAUUUGGCCAACACUUAAUCAUUAUUAAUGACGUCAAGAUCGCCACGGAACUUCUGGACAAAAGAGCGCUCAAGUACUCAGACAGGCCCACGCAAGUCUUUGCCGCUGACAUGAUUGGCUGGGGCGAUUCCCUCGCAUUCUCCCAAUAUGGAGAUCGUUUCCGAACGUAUCGCAAGAACAUGAGCCGCAUCAUUGGCUCCAAGUCGUCUGCAGGGCAUUACAACAAACUUCAAGAAGCUGAAGUUGGACAUUUCUUACUGCAUGUUCUCGAAAACCCGGAUGGUCUGGUAGAUCACAUCAAAAGAGAAACCGGUUCAAUCAUCUUGGAUAUAGCCUACGGCUAUCGCUCAGAGCCCUUCAAGAAUGAUCCGCUUAUCGACAUGGUUGGAAAUGUCAUGGAGCAAUUUGCCGUCGCUGCUGCACCAGGAACGUGGCUCGUGGACAUUUUCCCGUUUCUCAGACAUUUGCCAAGAUGGCUUCCUGGUACAUCGUUCAAGAGAACUGCUGAGACCAUGCGCUCCGAUCUGCAAAACGUCAUCGAUAUACCCUACGCAUUCGUUAAAGACCAACUGUCACAGGGAACACACAACACUUCAUUUUUAUCGAAUCUGCUUGAUGCUGGUGAUGAUUCGGCGGAGGAAAAACUCAGGAACAAGUGGUCAGCGACGGCGCUCUAUACCGCAGGUGCUGAUACAACUGUUUCGGCGAUUGCUUGUUUUUUCCUUGCGAUGACAUUGCAUCCAGAAGCUCAGCACAAAGCCCAGGCGGAAAUAGAUCAGGUCGUGGGUAAAAACCGUCUUCCUAACCUAUCUGAUCGUGACAGCUUGCCAUACGUCGAUGCCUUGGUUAAAGAAACCCUACGUUGGCACCCCGUUGCUCCUAUGGGAUUGCCUCAUACAAGCUCCCAGGACGAUAUGAUAGACGGUUAUGCAAUUCCCAAGGGCGCCAUGCUACUUCCUAACAUUUGGCAUUUCACACACGAUCCGGAGGUCUAUCAAGAUCCGAUGACAUUCCGACCCGAACGCUUCCUCGAGACCGAAGGUCUGAACCCAGAGACAGAUCCGCACAAAUUUGUCUUUGGCUUUGGUCGCCGAAUCUGCCCAGGACGUGUUCUCGCGGAUCAAGCAUUAUUCCUCAAUGUCUCACAAUCACUUGCUGUUUUCAAUAUUGAGGGGAGUGUGACCAAGAGAGGGAAUGCGGUUUCCCAGUUACGGUUUACACCAGGUGUCAUCAGCCGCCCGGAGCCGUUCGAGGCUUCCAUCACACCGCGAUCCUCGCAUCACGAAGACCUCAUACGCUCGAUCGAAAAGACAUUUCCGUGGAAGCAAGGAGAUGGAGAGCUGUUGAAGACGUUGGAGCGCCGAUAA